CUCUAUCUCUCUCUGUGAUCAAUGAAGCAGCUGCUAGCAUAAAUAACAAAGAUCAUAUCUGCCCAUUUCUUGUCACUACAGCUAGCUCUACCUCUUGUGGUUUUGAUAUGGAGCUGCCGAAUUGUGCCGACAGUAGUUGUAGUAGUAGUACUGUUGGUUUCGAAAUAUUCAUGAAUGGGAAGCAAGUUGCAGAUCAUGCAAGCAAUAUUGAGUUGGGAAGUCCAGUAGUGGACACACAAAGACUCCUAAAAGGUGGAGGAGAUAGAGAGCAUGUUUACAUGAAGUCACUCUCUUCUGCCCAAAUGGACUCUCUCAUUGCUUUGUGUGACACCUUCUUGCCCUCCAUCAAUCUCUCCAAUCACACCACCACCAUACAUCAUCAUGAUCCAAUCCUUCAAUUCUAUCAAACUUCAGCCUCCAUGGCUCGAACUCCGCAAAGGGUUGAAGAGAUGAUUAGUGGGAGAUUAACGCAUCCGAAGCUGGUAUUGAUGAGAUUGGCAUUAUGGUUGCUUGCAACAUGGAUAGGAACCUUCAUAAUAUGUGGAAGACGCAGUUUGACAAGCCAAUUUCCAUAUUUCAGGAGGUUCUCUCAAUUGCCACUCCACAAUAGAGAAGACAUCCUCAGGUCAUUGUCUCUCAGCUAUUUCUAUCUCAACAGAAUGCUCUUCUUAGGCUUGAAGUAUCUCACUCUCCUUGUAUUCUUCACUCAGGUAAAUGAGAAGAAUGAGAACCAGUCUUGGAAAGCAAUUGGCUACUGUGGACCUGACCCAGACUUCAAAACCAGAUGUAAUUUUCCAAAAGCCCAACAUCAAGAAGAGCUGUUUGGGCCUCUUUACAAAUGCCUCAUCAACCUCAACUACCCAAGACAAUUAGUCUUCGAAACACUGACACAAUCUGGUUUUUCCAUCUCAACUCCCCAUGGGAAGAAAGCAAAAUCAAAUUAUUAUUCACUCAACCCUUCUUUCAUUAUCAAAUGUGAUGCCGUCGUAGUCGGUUCUGGCUCCGGUGGGGGUGUCGUUGCCGGAGUUCUAGCCAAAGCUGGCUACAAAGUGCUUGUCCUAGAAAAAGGACAAUAUACGGCCAGAAGCAAUCUCUCGCUUCUUGAAGGACAAACUUUGGACCAAAUGUACCUAGGCAAUGGGUUACUAGCAACUGAUGAUAUGGGUGUAGUAGUACUUGCAGGUUCCACUGUAGGUGGAGGUUCCACAAUCAAUUGGUCGGCUUCGAUUCGCACUCCUGAACACGUACUCAGAGAAUGGUCUAACCACUAUGAACUUGAAUUGUUUCAAAGUAGAUUGUACAAAGAAGCUUUGGACGGUGUCUGUGACAGAAUGGGAGUUCAAUCUGGAAUCGACAAGGAAGGUUUCAAUAACGCUGUUUUAAGAAGAGGGUGUCAGGAACUGGGCUAUCCUGUGAACACCAUUCCCAGAAAUUCACCACCAGAUCACUAUUGCGGUUGGUGCUGCCUUGGCUGCAAGGAUGGAAGAAAGAAAGGGACUGCAGAGACAUGGCUAGUGGACAUGAUGGAUUCGGGUAAUGGUGUGAUUCUUCCAGAGAGUGAAGCCAUACAAGUGUUGCACAAGCGAAAGAAAGGGAGAGCACGAGGCACCGCAACUGGGGUUGCAUUCGAAUUCCAUUGUCAAGGGGCAAAAGAGAUCUGUAUAGUGGAAUCGAAGGUGACAAUUGUGGCAUGUGGUGCUCUAGGAACUCCUCCAUUGCUCAAAAGAAGCCACUUGAAGAAUCCCAACAUUGGGGAAAACUUGCAUCUCCAUCCGGUGACUAUGGCAUGGGGAUACUUUCCGGACACAGCUUUGUCCAGCACAUGGCCAGAAGCUGAGAAGACGAGCUACGAAGGGGGGAUAAUGACAGCAAUGUCUACAGUGGUUGGGAAUUACAAUACCUCUGGCUAUGGCGCAGUGAUACAGACACCGGCAUUACACCCCGGGAUGUUCUCAGUGUUGAUGCCAUGGGUUUCUGGCAUUGAAAUCAAGACGCGAAUGUGCAAGUUUUCAAGGACAGCCCAUAUAUUUGCAUUGGCAAGGGAUAAAGGAUCAGGAGAGAUAGUAUCACCAAGCAAAAUUAGUUAUCGGAUGGACACGAUUGAUGAAGAGAAUUUAAAGAGAGGACUAGAGAAGAUCCUGAGGAUACUGGCAGCAGCUGGAGCUGACGAAAUCGGAACUCAUCAUUGUAAAGGAAAAACCUUGAAAGUGAAGCAAGUGAGCUCGCAUGAGUUUGAGAGGUUUGUGAAGGAGGAGAGUUCAAGGGCAUUGAGAGACCUUUCGACACCAAUAUGUUCAGCCCAUCAGAUGGGGAGUUGCCGGAUGGGUGUGGACUCCAAGGGCUCCGCAGUGAACCAGAUGGGGGAGACAUGGGAGGUGGAGGGACUGUAUGUUGCUGAUUCAAGUGUGUUUCCAACUGCAUUAGGUGUGAAUCCAAUGGUGACGGUUCAGGCCAUUGCAUAUUGCACUGCACAAUCAGUUCUUCAAGUUCUCAGGAGGAAGAAAGUCACACAUUAUGCUAAAUGAGUCCUUCUCACCGAUCAUCAUCAUCCUUUUGCCUUAAUCCCACCAUAUCACAUGAGUUCUCUUAUAUAUAUAUAUAUAUAUAUAUAUUGUAUUAUACACCAUGUUUUCUCAUAGAUUUUACACAUCAUGUAAUUUCCGGUUGAAUAAGACGAUACACACCAUCUUAGUCUAAUUUCAUUACUUAUAUGCUGUUA